AGAUCUUUGGUAACGACGGAGCCAGCUCCAACCGUGCACCCUUUGCCAAUUCUCACGCCAGGAAGAAUGAUGACAUUCCCGCCAAUCCAACAGUCAUCCUCGAUGAAGACGGGGUGGCCGAACUCGACAAAUUUGAUACGGGAGAGCACACUGGUGUCAUGA